AUGGAUCGCCCCAAAGUCACUGUACAUCCAGGUCCAGAAAACUAUGAUUUAUUAAUACUCCAGCAUGAGCAUCGAUCCCAGGCUGUGUGGGAUGGAAAAUUGAUUGGAAAUAACGCGUGUUUAACUAUACGUCGUGCGGAUCAUGAAUUCUGGAAUCACGUGAGGCAAUACCCUUUACAUAAUCGCAUCCUUAAUUACUUUGAGAGGUGUGGAUUUGGGGGAGUUUUAGCAGUAGGUAAUGUGCAGUAUGAUGAAGGAAUCAUCACUGCACUUAUUGAGAGAUGGCGUCUAGAGACGCAUACAUUUCAUAUGCAGACUGGCGAAUGUACCAUCACACUGCAGGAUGUCGAGGUGUUAUAUGGCAUUCCCGUGGAUGGCCACCCGUUGGUGCAGAGAAAUGUUAAAAAUAUAACUAAAUCAAGGUGGCAGGAAUUGAUGUACGACCUUACUGGUUGGUUGCUCGGAGAAGAAGCAAUUAUAGGUAAUAGCUUGUUGGUAAUAACACAAUUAUCUAAUCAUUUGGAAACCUUGAUUGCCAAUAAUGAUAUUAUUGAUGAACACACUGAUGAGGCUGAGGUACAAAAGAGAGUCAGGUUGUACCUGCUUUGGUUGAUUGGUGGCAAUAUAUUCCCUGAUAAUACUGGUUCAAAGUUUUGUUUACACUUUUUGCUUGACAUAAUAGACCUUGAUGCAAUAGGCGGGAAAGCUUGGGGAGCAGCAGCAUUAUUAACCCAAGUUUGUUAUGGUUAG